AUGGGGCGGCGGGCGGCGGGCGCGCUCCUGCUGGCGCUGCUGCUGCACGGGCUGCUGCUCGCGGUGACCCACGGGCUGAGGGAGUAUGAUGACUUGUCUCUGCCCGAGGAUGCAGAAACGGUUACGGCAGGCCGGGCUGGCUGGAGCUACUCAGACCUUUCUGACGAUGAGGACUUGCUUGCUGACGAAGCUUCUGGAGACGGCCUGGGAAGUGGGGACAUGGGCAGCGGGUUCUUCCAGAUUGUUUACUUCCGAGCCCUGGUAAAUUUCACUCGUUCCAUCGACUAUAGCCCUGAGCUGGAGGAUGCAGGCUCCGAGGCUUUCCGAGAAGUGUCCAAGGCUGUGGUAGACACGCUGGAGUCGGAGUACUUGAAGAUUCCCGGAGACCAGAUUGUCAGUGUGGUGUUCAUCAAGGAGCUGGACGGCUGGGUCUUUGUGGAGCUGGAUGUGGGCUCCGAAAAUAACACAGAUGCAGCUCAGAUUCAGGAGGUGCUGCACUCAGUCAUCGCCAGCGGCUCCAUUGCUUCCUACGUCACCUCUCCCCAGGGAUUCCAGUUUCGACGCCUGGGCACAGUGUCCCAGAUCCCGAGAGUCUGCACUGAGACCGAGUUUGCCUGCCACAGCCACAACGAGUGUAUAGCCCUGGAGUAUCGCUGUGACCAGAGGCCUGACUGCAGGGACAUGUCUGAUGAGCUCAAUUGUGAAGAGCCAGCCCCAGAGCUCGUCUCCUCGCCACCGCCUCCAGCGGAGACAUUACCUAUAACACCCCGGCCAGAGGCAACCACCACACGGCCCCCAGGCAUCGAGGUUCCCCACCAUCUCCCUGGCCCUGUCAGGCCCGUGCCCUGUGGGCCCCAUGAGACCGCAUGCCGCAGCGGGCACUGCAUCCCCAAAGACUAUGUCUGUGACGGGCAGGAGGACUGCAAGGAUGGCAGUGAUGAGCUGGAUUGCGGCCCCACUCCCCCCUGUGAGCCCAACGAGUUUCCCUGUGGAAAUGGGCACUGUGUCCUCAAGCUGUGGCGCUGUGAUGGCGACUCCGACUGUGAAGACCACACCGAUGAGGCCAACUGCCCUGCCAAGCACCCCGAGGACGUGUGCGGGCCCACGCAGUUCCGCUGUGUCUCCACGAACACAUGCAUCUCAGCCAGCUUCCACUGUGAUGAGGAGAGCGACUGUCCUGACCGCAGCGAUGAAUUUGGCUGCAUGCCUCCCCAGGUGGUGACCCCUCCCCAGGAGUUGAUCCAGGUUUCACGGGGCCAGACAGUGACCUUUACCUGUGUGGCCAUCGGUGUCCCCACCCCCAUCAUCAACUGGCGGCUCAACUGGGGCCAUAUCCCGUCUCAUCCCAGGGUGACAGUGACCAGUGAGGGAGGCCGAGGCACGCUGACCAUCCAAGACGUGAAGGAGGCAGACCAGGGUGCCUACACCUGUGAAGCCAUGAAUGCCCGAGGCAUGGUGUUUGGCAUUCCUGACGGUGUCCUGGAGCUCAUUCCACAGCGAGGGCCCUGUGAGGAUGGGCACUUCUACCUGGAGCACAGCGCCUCCUGCCUGCCCUGCUUCUGCUUUGGUGUUACCAACGUGUGCCAGAGCAGCCGCCGCUUCCGAGACCAGAUCCGGCUGCGCUUUGACAGGCCCGAUGACUUCAAGGGUGUGAAUGUGACGAUGCCCGCACAGCCCGGCAUGCCACCCCUCUCCUCCACCCAGCUGCAGAUCGACAGUGCUCUGCAGGAGUUCCAGCUGGUCGACCUGUCCCGACGCUUCCUGGUCCACGACUCUUUCUGGGCUCUGCCUGAGCAGUUCCUGGGCAACAAGGUGGACUCCUAUGGUGGCUCGCUGCGCUACAAGGUACGCUAUGAGCUGGCACGGGGCACGCUGGAGCCAGUGCAGCGGCCAGACGUGGUCCUUGUGGGUGCCGGAUACCGCCUUCUCUCCCGAGGCCACACGCCCACCCAGCCCGGUGCUCUGAACCAGCGCCAGGUCCAGUUCUCUGAGGAGCACUGGGUCCAUGAGUCUGGCCGGCCAGUGCAGCGGGCAGAGAUGAUGCAGGUGCUGCAAAGCCUGGAAGCCGUGCUCAUCCAGACAGUGUACAACACCAAGAUGGCCAGCGUGGGGUUGAGCGACGUCACCAUGGAUACCACUGUCACCUACGCCACCAGCCAUGGCCGUGCCCACAGCGUUGAGGAGUGCAGAUGCCCUGUUGGCUACUCUGGCUUAUCCUGUGAGAGCUGCGAUGCCCACUUUACCCGGGUGCCUGGUGGGCCCUACCUGGGUACCUGCUCUGGCUGCAACUGCAAUGGCCAUGCCACCUACUGUGACCCCGUGUAUGGCCACUGCCUGAACUGCCAGCACAACACCGAGGGGCCACAGUGCAACAAAUGCAAGGCUGGCUACUUCGGGGACGCCACAAAGGCCACAGCUACUGCCUGCCGGCCCUGCCCUUGCCCAUACAUCGAUGCCUCCCGCAGAUUCUCAGAUACCUGCUUCCUGGACACAGAUGGCCAAGCCACGUGUGAUGCAUGUGCCCCAGGCUACACAGGCCGCCGCUGUGAGAGCUGUGCCCCGGGAUACGAGGGCAACCCCAUCCAGCCAGGCGGGAAGUGCAGGCCCACCAACCAGGAGAUUUUACGCUGUGAUGAGCGAGGCAGAUUGGGGACCUCUGGGGAGACCUGCCGCUGUAAGAACAACGUGGUGGGGCGCCUGUGCAAUGAAUGUGUCGCUGGUUCUUUCCACCUGAAUGCCCACAACCCCGACGGCUGCCUCAAGUGCUUCUGCAUGGGCGUCAGUCGCCAGUGUACCAGCUCCUCUUGGAACCGCGCCCAGGUACUUGGGGCCUCUGAGGCACCCAAAGAGUUCAGCCUGAUCAACGCCGCAGGCACCCACACCACCAGCCUGGGCAUCUCAUCUCCUGCACCUGGGGAACUGGUCUUCUCCUCCUUCCACAGCCUCCUACCUGGACCCUACUUCUGGAAACUCCCUUCGCGCUUCCAGGGAGACAAGGUGACCUCCUAUGGAGGAGAGCUACGCUUCACGGUGACCCAGCAGCCCCAGCCUGGCUCCCUGCCCCUGCACAGGCAGCCGUUGGUGGUACUGCAAGGCAAUGGCAUCGUCUUGGAGCAUCACCCCUCCCGGGAGCCAAACCCAGGCCAGCCCAGCACCUUCACUGUGCCCUUCCGGGAGCAAGCAUGGCAGAGGCCUGAUGGGCAGCCAGCCACGAGGGAGCACCUGCUGAUGGCACUGGCGGACAUUGAUACCCUCCUGAUCCAGGCAUCCUACAGCCAGCGGCCAGCUGAGAGCAGGGUCUCUGGCAUCAGCAUGGAUGUGGCUGUGCCUGAGGACACUGGCCAGGACCCUGCACUGGAAGUGGAACAGUGCACCUGCCCACCCGGGUACCGUGGCCCGUCCUGCCAGGACUGUGACACAGGCUACACACGCACGCCUAGCGGCCUCUACCUGGGCAUCUGUGAACGCUGCAGCUGCCACGGCCACACGGAGGUCUGUGAGCCCGAAACAGGUGACUGCCAGGGUUGCCAGCACCACACAGAAGGCCCUCGGUGUGAGCAGUGCCAGCCGGGAUACUACGGGGAUGCCCAGCAAGGGACACCGAAUGACUGCCAGCCAUGCCCGUGCUAUGGACCCCCCUCUGCUGGCCAGGCCACCCACACAUGCUUUCUGGACACAGACGGCCACCCUACCUGUGAUGCAUGCUCCCCAGGCCACAGUGGGCGUCACUGUGAGAGGUGUGCCCCAGGUUACUAUGGCAAUCCCAGCCAGGGCCAGCCAUGCCGAAGAGAAGGCCAAAUGCCAGAGCCCAUCGGCUGUGGCUGCGACCCCCAGGGCAGCGUCAGCAGCCAGUGUGAUGCCGCUGGCCAGUGCCAGUGCAAGGCCCGGGUGGAAGGCCUCACCUGCAGCCACUGCCGGCCCCACCACUUCCACCUGAGCGCCCGCAACCCUGAUGGCUGCCUGCCCUGCUUCUGCAUGGGCAUCACCCAGCAGUGUGCCAGCUCCUCCUAUACCCGCCACCUGAUCUCCACCCGCUUUGCCCCCGGGGACUUCCAAGGCUUUGCCCUGGUGAAUCCUCAGCGGAACAGCCACCUGACGGGAGGCUUCACUGUGGAGCCCGUGCCUGAGGGUGCCCAGCUCUCUUUUGGCAACUUCGCCCAACUUGGCCAUGAAACCUUCUACUGGCAGCUGCCGGAGAUGUACCAGGGAGACAAGGUGGCAGCCUAUGGCGGGAAGCUGCGAUACGCCCUGUCCUACACAGCCGGGGCACAGGGCAGCUCACUCUCCGACCCUGACGUCCAGAUCACGGGCAACAACAUCAUGCUGGUAGCCUCCCAGCCAGCACUGCAGGGCUCCGAGAGGAAGCGCUAUGAGAUUGUUUUCCGAGAGGAAUUCUGGCGCCGGCCUGACGGGCAGCCAUCCACACGCGAGCACCUCCUGAUGGCGCUGGCUGACCUGGACGAGCUCCUGGUCCGGGCCACAUUCUCCUCGGUGCCACUGGCAGCCAGCAUCAGUGAGGUCAGCCUGGAGGUCGCCCAGCCAGGGCCCUCACAGGGCUCCCCAGCCCUGGAGGUGGAGGAAUGCCGCUGCCCCCCAGGCUAUGUCGGCUUGUCCUGCCAGGACUGCGCCCUGGGCUACACACGCACUGGGAGUGGGCUCUACCUCGGUCACUGUGAGCCGUGUGAAUGCAAUGGCCACUCGGACCUGUGCCACCCAGAGACCGGGGCCUGUACGCAAUGCCAGCACAAUGCCGCUGGGGAGUUCUGUGAGCUGUGUGCACCUGGCUACUAUGGAGAUGCCACGGCCGGAACACCUGAGGACUGCCAGCCCUGUGCCUGCCCACUGACCAACUCGGAGAACAUGUUCUCCCGCACCUGUGAGAGCCUGGCAGCUGGUGGGUACCGCUGUACGGCCUGUGAACAUGGCUACACUGGCCAGUACUGUGAGCAGUGCGCCCCAGGUUACGUGGGGAACCCCAGUGUGCGGGGGGGCCGAUGCCUGCCACAGGCAGACCAAGCCCCGCUGGUGGUCCAGGUGCAACCAACUCGGAGCAUAGUACCCCAAGGUGGCCCCCACUCCCUGCGGUGCCAGGUCAGUGGAAGCCCACCCCACUACUUCUACUGGUCUCGUGAGGAUGGGCGGCCCUUGCCUAGUAGCACCCAGCAGCGACAUCAAGGCUCUGAGCUCCACUUCCCCAGCGUCCAGCCCUCAGAUGCUGGAAUCUACAUUUGCACCUGUCGUAAUCUCCAUCAUGCCAACACCAGCUGGGCAGAACUGCUGGUCACUGAGGCUCCAAGUAAGCCCAUCACAGUGAUGGUGGAGGAGCAGCGGAGCCAGAGUGUGCGCCCCGGAGCCGAUGUCACCUUCAUCUGCACAGCCAAGAGCAAGUCUCCAGCGUACACCCUGGUGUGGACCCGCCUGCACAAUGGGAAACUGCCAGCCCGAGCCAUGGAUUUCAACGGCAUCCUGACCAUUCGCAAUGUCCAGCCAAGUGACGCAGGCACCUAUGUGUGCACUGGCUCCAACAUGUUUGCCAUGGACCAGGGCACAGCCACGCUGCACGUGCAAGCCUCAGGCACCCCAUCCGCCCCCGUGGUCUCUAUCCACCCACCACAGCUCACAGUGCAGCCCGGGCAGCUGGCCGAGUUCCGCUGCAGCGCCACAGGGCACCCAACGCCCAUCCUUGAUUGGACAGGGGGCCCUGGUGGCCAGCUUCCUCAGAAGGCACAAAUCCAUGGCGGUAUUCUGCGCCUGCCAGCCGUCGAGCCCUCGGACCAAGCCCAGUACCUGUGCCGUGCCCACAGCAGCGCCGGGCAGCAUGUGGCCAGGGCCAUGCUCCAUGUGCACGGGGGCAGUGGGCCCAGGGUCCAGGUGAGUCCAGAGAGGACCCAAGUGCAUGAAGGCCGCACUGUCAGGCUGUACUGCCGGGCUGCAGGUGUGCCCAGUGCCACCAUCACCUGGAGGAAGGAAGGGGGCAGCCUCCCCCCACAGGCCCGGUCUGAGCACACAGACAUUGCCACGCUGCUCAUCCCAGCCAUCACGACCGCCGAUGCUGGCUUCUACCUCUGCGUGGCCACUAGCCCCGCGGGCACCGCACAGGCCCGGAUUCAAGUGGUCGUCCUUCCAGCUUCAGAUGCCAGCUCCCAGCCAGUCCGGAUUGAGUCCUCAUCACCUUCUGUGACUGAAGGGCAGACACUGAACCUCAACUGUGUGGUGGCGGGGCUGGCCCAAACCCAGGUCACAUGGUACAAGCGAGGGGGCAACCUGCCUCCCCACGCCCAGGUGCAUGGCGCCCAGCUUCGGCUCCCCCAGGUUUCCGCAGCUGAUUCUGGAGAAUACGUGUGCCGAGUGGAGAACGGGUCAGGCUCCAAGGAGGCCUCCAUCACCAUUUCUGUCCUCCACAGCACCCACUCAGGCUCUGGCCACACCUCAGCUCCUGGAGGAGCCCCAACUCGGGGCAAUGCCCAGCCCAUCCGCAUCGAGUCUUCGUCCUCCCAUGUGGCUGAAGGGCAGACACUGGAUCUGAACUGCAUAGUGCCCGGGCAGGCCCAUGCCCAGGUCACGUGGCACAGGCGUGGUGGCAGCCUCCCCGCCCGGCACCAGACCCAUGGCUCACUGCUGCGGCUGUACCAGGUGUCCCCAGCUGACUCCGGCGAGUACGUGUGCCGAGUAGUCCUUGGCUCUGGGCCCUUGGAGACCUCCGUCCUGGUCACCAUCGAGGCCUCUGACUCCAGUGCCGGCUCCAUACCUGGACCCGUCCCUCCUGUCAGGAUCGAGUCGUCAUCCUCCACGGUGGCCGAGGGGCAAACCCUGGAUCUGAGCUGUGUGGUGGCAGGGCAGACCCAUGCCCAGGUCACAUGGUACAAGCGUGGUGGCAGCCUCCCUGCCCGGCACCAGGUCCGCGGCUCCCGCCUCUACAUCUUCCAGGCAUCACCAGCUGACGCAGGCGAAUACGUCUGCCGGGCCAACAAUGGUGUGGAGGCCUCCAUCACAGUUACGGUCACCGGCACCCAGGGGGCCAACUUUGCCUACCCUCCUGUUGGCACCCAGCCCAUUCGUAUCGAGUCCUCCUCCUCCCACGUUGCUGAAGGGCAGACCCUGGAUCUGAACUGCGUGGUGCCUGGGCAGGCCCAUGCCCAGGUCACGUGGCAUAAGCGCGGGGGCAGCCUCCCUGCCCGGCACCAGACCCAUGGCUCACUGCUGAGACUGCACCAGGUGUCCCCAGUUGACUCGGGCGAGUACGUGUGCCGUGUGGUGGGCGGUUCUGUGCCCCUGGAGGCCUCUGUCCUGGUCACCAUUGAGCCUGUAGGCUCUGUGCCUGCGCUCGGGGUUACCCUCCCAAUCCGGAUUGAGUCAUCCUCCUCACAUGUGGCAGAAGGGCAAACCCUGGAUCUGAACUGCCUGGUUUCUGGGCAGGCCCAUGCCCAGGUCACAUGGCACAAGCGUGGGGGCAGCCUCCCUGCCCGCCACCAGGUGCAUGGCUCGAGGCUGCGGCUGCCCCAGGUGACUCCCGCCGACUCUGGAGAGUACGUGUGCCAUGUGGCCAGCAGCUCGGGCACCCAGGAAGCCUCAGUCCUCGUCACCAUCCAGCAGCGCCUUAGUCCCUCCCACUCCCAGAGUGUGGUGUACCCUGUCCGCAUUGAGUCCUCCUCAGCCUCCCUGGCCAAUGGACAUACCCUGGACCUCAACUGUCUGGUCGCCAGCCAAGCCCCCCACACCAUCACCUGGUAUAAGCGUGGAGGUAGCCUACCCAGCCGGCACAAGAUCGUGGGCUCCCGGCUACGGAUCCCCCAGGUGACGCCAGCGGACUCAGGAGAAUACGUGUGUCACGUCAGUAAUGGUGCCAGCUCCCAGGAGACUUCACUGAUCGUCACCAUCCAGGGCAGCAGCUCCCCCCAUGUGCCUAGUGUCUCCCCACCAAUUAGGAUCGAGUCCUCGUCCCCCACAGUGGUCGAAGGGCAGACCUUGGAUCUGAACUGCGUGGUCGCUGGGCAGCCCCAGGCCAUCAUCACCUGGUACAAGCGUGGGGGCAGCCUUCCUGCCCGACACCAGGCCCAUGGCUCCCUCCUGCGGCUGCACCAGAUGUCCGUGGCCGACUCGGGCGAGUAUGUGUGCCGGGCAAACAACAACAUCGAUGCCCGAGAGGCUUCCAUCAUGGUCUCAGUCUCCCCCAAUGCUGGCAAUCCCUCCGUUCCUAAUGGUGCCAUGCCCAUCAGAAUUGAGUCGUCAUCUUCACAUGUGGCCGAAGGGCAGACCCUGGAUCUGAACUGUGUGGUCCCUGGACAGGCCCAUGCCCAGGUCACGUGGCACAAGCGUGGGGGCAGCCUCCCAGCUCACCACCAGGCUCACGGCUCGCGGCUGAGGCUGUACCAGGUGUCCCCAGCUGACUCUGGCGAGUACGUGUGCCGAGUGGUGAGCAGCUCUGGCUCCCUGGAGGCCUCGGUCCUGGUCACCAUUGAGGCCUCUGGCCCUAGCGCUGUUCCUGUUCCCGCCCCAGGCAGAGCCCCAUCCAUCCGAAUUGAGACCUCCUCCUCCCACGUGGCCGAAGGGCAGACCCUGGAUCUGAAAUGUGUGGUGCCUGGGCAGGCCCAUGCCCAAGUCACGUGGCACAGGCGAGGGGGCAGCCUUCCCGCCCGGCACCAGGUCCACGGCCCCCUGCUGAGGCUGAACCAGGUUUCCCCAGCUGACUCUGGCGAGUACUCAUGUCAAGUGACCAACAGUGGCUCAGACACCCUGGAGGCUUCUGUCCUGGUCACAAUUGAGGCCUCCAGCCCAGGCCCCAUUCCUGCCCCAGGACUGGCCCAGCCCAUCUACAUUGAGGCCUCCUCCUCCCACGUGGCUGAAGGGCAGACCCUAGACCUGAACUGUGUGGUUCCUGGGCAGGCCCACGCCCAGGUCACAUGGUACAAGCGAGGGGGCAGCCUCCCCACCCAGCAUCAGACACACGGCUCCCAGCUAAGGCUCCGCCACAUCUCCCCGGCUGAUUCCGGCGAGUACGUGUGCCGCGUGGUUGGUGCAGGCCCUGAGCGGGAGGCCUCCUUCACUGUCACUGUCCCACCCAGUGCAGGCUCCUCCUACCGCCUUAGUAGCCCUGUCAUCUCCAUCGACCCACCCAGCAGCACCGUGCAGCAGGGCCAAGACGCCAGCUUCAAGUGCCUCAUCCACGACGGGGCAGACCCCGUCAGCCUUGAGUGGAAGACUCGUCAGGAAGAGCUGGAGGACAACGUCCACGUCAGCCCCAACGGCUCCAUCAUCACCAUUGUGGGCGCCCGGCCCAGCAACCACGGUGCCUACCGCUGCGUGGCCACCAACGCCUAUGGCGUGGCUCAGAGUGUCGUGAACCUCAAUGUACAUGGGCCCCCUACCGUGUCUGUGCUCCCCGAGGGCCCGGUGCGGGUGAAAGUGGGAAAGGCCAUCACCCUGGAAUGUGUCAGUGCUGGGGAGCCCCGCUCUUCUGCUCGCUGGACCCGGAUCGGCACCCCCACCAACUUGGAGCAGCAGGUGUUUGGGUUCGUGGACAGCCACACGAUGCUGCAGAUUUCAUCAGCUAAACCAUCAGAUGCAGGCACCUAUGUGUGCCUAGCUCAGAAUGCUCUGGGCACAGCACAAAAGCGGGUGGAGGUGAUUGUGGACACAGGCAACGUGACCCCGGGAGCCCCACAGGUCCAGGUUGAAGAAGUUGAGUUGACUGUGGAAGCUGGACACACAGCCACCCUGCGCUGCUCAGCCACAGGCAGCCCCACGCCCACCAUCCACUGGUCUAAGCUGCGCUCCCCCCUGCCCUGGCAGCACAGGGUGGAAGGCGACACGCUGAUCAUCCCCCGCGUAGCCCAGCAGGAUUCGGGCCAGUACAUCUGCAAUGCCACUAGCCCUGCAGGACAUGCUGAGGCCACCAUCCUCCUGCAUGUGGAGAGUCCACCGUAUGCCACCACAGUCCCAGAGCACGCCUCGGUGAGGGCAGGGGAGACGGUGCAGCUGCAGUGCCUGGCUCACGGGACACCCCCGCUCACCUUCCAGUGGAGCCGCGUGGGUGGCAGCCUCUCUAGGAGGGUGACGGCCAGGAACGAGAUGCUGCGCUUUGAGUCCGUGGCCCCUGAGGACUCGGGCCGCUACCGCUGUCAGGUCACCAACAGGGUGGGCUCGGCUGAGGCCUUCGCCCUGGUAUUUGUUCAAGGCUCCUCUGGCUCUCUCCCUGCCACUGCCGUCCCAGCAGGGUCCACACCCACCGUUCAGGUCACGCCUCAGCUGGAGACCAAGAGCAUAGGGGCCAGCGUGGAGUUCCACUGUGCCGUGCCUAACGACCAAGACACCCAGCUCCGCUGGGUCAAGGAAGGGGGUCAGCUGCCUCCUGGCCACAGUGUGCAGGAUGGGGUGCUUCGAAUCCAGAACUUGGACCAGAGCUGCCAAGGGACAUAUAUUUGCCAGGCCUAUGGACCAUGGGGACAGGCCCAGGCCAGUGCCCAGCUGGUUGUCCAAGCCCUGCCAUCGGUCCUCAUCAACAUCCGGACCUCUGUGCAGACCGUGGUGGUCGGGCACGCUGUGGAGUUCGAGUGCCUGGCCAUGGGUGACCCCAAGCCUCAAGUGACAUGGAGCAAAGUUGGAGGACGCCUGCGGCCUGGCAUCAUGCAGAGCGGAGGCAUCGUUAGGAUUGCCCAUGUGGAGAUGGCUGACGCUGGACAAUACCGCUGCACCGCUACCAACGCCGCUGGCACCACCCAGUCCCAUGUGCUGCUGCUCGUGCAAGCUUUGCCCCAGAUCUCAACACCCCCAGAGGUCCGUGUGCCUGCUGGUUCUGCAGCCGCCUUCCCCUGCAUGGCGUCUGGCUACCCUGCUCCUGACAUCACCUGGAGCAAGCUGAAUGGGAACCUGCCACCUGACAGCCGUGUGGAGAACAACAUGCUGCUCCUGCCCUCAGUUCGACCCCAGGACGCAGGCACCUAUGUCUGCACUGCCACUAACCGCCAGGGCAAGGUCAAAGCCUUUGCCAAUCUGCAGGUACCAGAGAGGGUGGUGCCCUACUUCACGCAGACCCCCCACUCCUUCCUGCCGCUGCCCACCAUCAAGGAUGCCUACAGAAAGUUUGAGAUCAAGAUCACCUUCCGGCCUGACUCAGCUGAUGGCCUCCUUCUCUACUCGGGGAUGCUGCUGUACAAUGGGCAGAAGCGGAUCCCAGGCAGCACCAACCUGGCCAACAGGCUGCCCGACUUCAUCUCCUUCGGCCUCGUGGGAGGAAGGCCCGAGUUCCGGUUUGAUGCAGGCUCAGGCAUGGCCACCAUCCGCCACCCCACACCGCUGGCGCUGGGCCAGUUCCACACCGUGACCCUGCUGCGCAGCCUCACCCAAGGCUCCCUGAUUGUGGGCAGCCUGGCCCCAGUCAAUGGGACCUCCCAGGGCAAGUUCCAGGGCUUGGACUUGAAUGAGGAGCUCUACCUGGGUGGCUACCCUGACUAUGGUGCCAUCCCCAAAGCGGGGCUGAGCAGUGGCUUCAUAGGCUGUGUCCGGGAGCUACAAAUCCAGGGUGAGGAGAUUGUCUUCCAUGACCUCAACCUCACAGCACAUGGCAUCUCCCACUGCCCCACCUGUCGGGACCAGCCUUGCCAGAACGGGGGCUGGUGCCAGGACUCGAAGAGCAGCAGCUACGUGUGCACCUGCCCAGCUGGCUUCACUGGGAGCCGCUGUGAGCACUCCCAGGCCCUGCACUGCCACUCAGAGGCCUGUGGGCCCGAUGCUACCUGUGUGAACCGGCCUGAUGGCCGAGGCUACACCUGCCGCUGCCACCUGGGCCGCUUCGGGUUGAGGUGUGAGGAAGGUGUGACUGUGACCACUCCCUCCAUGUCGGGCACGGGCUCCUAUCUGGUGCUGCCCGCCCUCACCAACACACACCACGAGCUACGCCUGGACAUCGAGUUCAAGCCUCUGGCACCCAACGGAAUCCUGCUGUUCAGUGGGGGGAAGCGCGAGCCUGUGGAAGACUUCGUGUCCCUGGCGAUGGUCGGUGGCCACCUGGAGUUCCGCUACGAACUGGGGUCAGGGCUGGCUGUUCUGCGGAGCGCAGAGCCGCUGGCCCUUAGCCGCUGGCACCGCGUGUCCGCCGAGCGCCUCAACAAGGACGGCAGCCUGCGGGUGAACGGCGGACGCCCUGUGCUGCGCUCCUCGCCGGGCAAGAGCCAAGGCCUCAAUCUGCACACCCUCCUCUACCUCGGUGGCGUGGAGCCCUCCGUGCAACUGUCCCCGGCUGCCAAUAUCAGCACUCCCUUCCGUGGCUGCAUUGGCGAGGUGUCAGUGAAUGGAAAGCGGCUAGACCUCACCUACAGCUUCCUGGGCAGUCGGGGCAUCGGGCAGUGCUAUGACAGCUCCCCGUGUGAGCGCCAGCCUUGCCAGAACGGCGCCACGUGCUUUCCUGCUGGCGAGUAUGAGGUCCAGUGCCUGUGUCGAGAUGGCUUCAAAGGAGACCUCUGCGAGCAUGAGGAGAACCCCUGCCAGCUCCGUGAGCCCUGUCUGCAUGGCGGCACCUGCCAGGGCACCCACUGCCUCUGUCCCCCUGGCUUCUCUGGCCCACGCUGCCAACAAGGCUCUGGACAUGGCACAACAGAGUCCGACUGGCGUCUUGAAGGUAGUGGGGGCAACGACGCCCCAGGACAGUACGGAGCGUAUUUCCAUGACGGUGGCUUCCUAGUCCUCCCCAGCCAGGUCUUCUCCAGGAGCCUGCCCACGGUACCUGAGACCAUCCAGCUGGAACUUCGGACCAGCACAGCCAGCGGCCUCCUGCUCUGGCAGGGCAUGGAGGUGGGCGAGACCAGCCAAGGGAAGGACUUCAUCAGUCUCGGGCUUCAGGAUGGGCACCUUGUCUUCAGCUACCAGCUGGGCAGUGGGGAGGCCCGCCUCAUCUCUGAGGACCCCAUCAAUGACGGCGAGUGGCAUCGGGUGACGGCGCUGCGACAGGGCCGGAGAGGCUCCAUCCAGGUGGAUGGUGAGGAGGUGGUCAGCGGCCAGUCCCCAGGCCCGAACGUGGCGGUCAACACCAAGAGCAGCAUCUACAUCGGCGGAGCCCCCGACGUGGCCACACUGACCAGGGGCAGGUUCUCCUCGGGCCUCACCGGCUGUCUCAGGAACCUGGUGCUGCACUCGGCCGGACCCGGCGCCCCUCCCCCACAGCCACUGGACCUGCAGCACAGUGCCCAGGCGGGGUUCAACACGCGUCCCUGCCCCUCGUAGGCAGCUACCUGGCCACAAGGACUCUUGGGCAGCGCCCCAGCCCCACAACGUCGAGUCUAUUAUUAUUAAUAUUAUUAUUAUGAAUAUUUUGUAAGAAACUGAGGCGAUGCCACGCUUUGCUGCUACUGCCCUGGGCUGGACUGGAGGGUGGGCAUGCCAUCCCCCACACAAACACACCUGGGCAAAGCCACAGGCUGGGGAGCAGUGCAUGCUGGAUGGGAGCAGGUGCCUCAGGGGGGCAGGCGUGGUGGCGGAGGGCCCCCACCAGCAGAGCCCCCACUGCAGAGCUGGGCCGCCCAUUUCUGCAGCCCUCGGGCACCGCCGUCCCUACAAGAGCCAGCCUCGGUGUACAGCCUGAGUCUUCACCAGCCACUAGGAGCAGAGGGCAUCGCAGUGGCCUUUGCCACCCUCCUCUGGGUAGCAAAAGCUCUUUAGUGCCAACUGUGGAGCAAAAGGCAGCUUACCCCUGGACAGGCAGCCCCCACCCCCAUUAGCCCAUGUCCCAGCCCACUUCCACCUUCCCCUCUACCUGACACCUGGCCCAGGGUCCCUGCCCUCGGGGGCUGCGAGGAAACCACCCCAGCUCCCACCAGGAGCUGCUGAAGGCAGAGCCCAGCACUGAGAGGGUCUCCGCCAACCCCCCACCGCUCUGGAAGUGAAGGCCCAAGGGACAUGGGGGGAGGCGGGCGUUGGUGGUUGGAAAGGGCUAGUGCCUUGGGUGGGGGAAGCCAGGACUUAUGGUGGAGGGACAGGAAGGGGCCAUGACAGCCCUGCCCCAUCUGUGGGAACCUGAGGGCCCAGCGGGGGGCAAGUGCCCUCCCUACCAGCAGACCCCCAGAUGUUGGGUCAGGACGCCUGGUCUCUGUCCUAGAAGGGACCCUCCUGUGGUCUUUGUCUUGAUCUUUCUUAAUAAACGGUG